AUGGCCUGGCCCGAAUGGAUACGACCGCACGUUGAGGUACUCCUUCUGUGGAUCACGUGGGCCGUCGAUCAUAUUGAUCUCGAUUAUUUAGAGUAUCUACUAUGGCUAUUUCUACCUGUGAUCAUCAUUUUCGUCUUGCCGAUUCUGUUAGUGAUCUUCAUCUACGGUUGCAUUAUUUUCCUACACAUUUAUGGGCUUCGGAAUCGGAUUAGGGAGGCCUAUCACACUUCCUAUUGGGACGGGGCACGAGUGGCGAUUGCUUCCUUCUGGGACGCCAUCGGUCAUGUCUGGCAUGGAUAUGAGGUGGAUGGCAUCGAGAACGUCCCGGACACCGGACCCGCGCUUUUCAUCUAUUAUCACGGCUGUCUUCCCUUGGAUGUGUACUACCUCAUUUCAAAGAUUACCGUCGUGAAGGGACGAUCACUUCACUGCGUCGGAGACAAGUUCAUCUUUAAAAUUCCAGGCUGGGGCGUGCUUUGCAAGCUGUUCUCUGUAACACCCGGAACUGUCGAAGACUGCACAGCGAAUCUCAACGACGGGCAUCUACUCUGCAUCGCUCCUGGAGGUGUGCGAGAAGCGCUCUUUUCCGACCCACAUCUUUACGACAUUAUGUGGGGCAAGCGACUUGGGUUCGCGCGCGUCGUUUUGAACUCGAAGACGCCCGUAAUCCCGAUGUUCACCGAGAACUGUCGCGACGCCUUUAGAACUCCCGAAUGGGGACGCUCGUUUUUCAGAUGGGUAUACGAGAAGACAAAAAUGCCGCUGUGCCCGAUCUAUGGCGGGUUUCCUGUGAAGAUGAUCACCCACCUCGGCAAGCCCAUGUAUUUCGAUUUUGAGAACGUGACGCCACAGCAGGUGCGAAAGGCGAUCAAAAUCGAGGUGAAGGCGCUGAUCCGAGAGCAUCAGCGGCUCCCCGGCAGCGUCGUGCGCGGAAUCUUGCAGAGAUUCUGGGGGAAGCCGGCCAAGGAGCACGACGAAAUGGAACUUUUGACAAGAACCACCCAUUCUGAUGAUGCGGGUCAUUUGACGGAUGAAGGUGCGCGAGCUCAAACAGCACGAAAUGGAAAACGUGCAGCCCCUCCAAAGGCCGACGUCGACGAGGCCGAACGCGAAAACGACGAAAUUGAGGAGAUGAUGGCAGAAGACGAUGAUAACAUGAUCCCAGAAAAAUUGCCACUUUCGUAUUUGACGCCUUCUCCCCGACGGGCCGCCGAUACCGACAGCAGUGCAACGGCGGUAGAUGGGCGAGGAAGAAAACGUCGCGGCCAAGUUCCCAGUGGGAAGCGCUUCGGCGACUACAGCAUCGUCAAGAAGUUGGACGAGGGCGGCUUCGGGCAGGUCUAUCUCGUCGAGCAUCGCAAGGAACCAGGAAAACUCGCAGCCCUCAAAGCCGAGCCGAACGAUGUCGAGGGAGGAUCGGCGAUCAAGCUCGAGAUCUCUGUGCUGAAAGGUCUCAACAAGGACCACGCCCAAGCCCACAUCCCCCUCGUCCUCCAUGCCGCCAAACACCAGAAAUAUUCGUACAUGAUCAUGACGCUGCUCGGCGACAACCUCAAAAAUCUCAAGCUUUCCUGCCCGAACGAAUUGAUGUCCCCGUCUUCGUGGUCGCGGAUCAUGGUGCAGUGCGUGGUGGCGAUCAAGACGGUGCAUGACUACGGCUUCGUCCACCGCGACAUCAAGCCCAACAACUUUGUGCUCGGCCACAAGGACGAUCUGGAGAGAUGUCGCAUGGUGCACAUCCUGGACUUUGGGCUGUCGCGUGCCUUCGCCUUCCGGUCGCUGAAAGACCCGACGCGAUGGGUGGCGAGAAGGGCUCGCGGUUCGGCCGAAUUUCGCGGCACUCUCCGAUACUGCAGCCCGGCUGUGCACGAAAAGCAGGAGCAGGGCCGCAAAGACGACCUCUGGAGUCUGUUCUACGUGCUAAUCGAGAUGCAUUGCGGAUUGCCCUGGCAGACCACCCGCGACAAGGACAAGAUCGAGACGAUGAAGCUGCACAUCAGCGACGAGACGCUCUGCCUCAACCUGCCGAAAGAAAUGCUACCAGUCAUCCCCUAUCUGCGCACGCUCGACUGCUACAACCGGCCGGACUAUGCUAUCUUUUUGGAUGCUCUCCUCGGGGUGAUGAAAAGCCGCAAAGUGAAGUGGAACGACAUGUACGACUGGGAGAAGAAGGAGAAACUACAGGCCAAGGUUAAGCAGGCCCUCGAAUACGCGGCCAAGAAUCCGCCACCGUGGGAGGACGCGUCGGCCACGAUCAAAAAGGACCCGCUUGGCAUUGACAAGGCGCCGUCUCCGGAAGACGAGGAAUGGCGUCAGGCCGCCACCGAAGAGCUGUCAAAGAUUGCCAAGUCGGCCACCAUUCCCCGCUCGACCAAG